UCAUGCUGCUGCCAAGUCCAGAGUCUCUCAUGGGUCCCUGUACGGCCUCCCAUUGCUGCUGUCUCCAUCGCCACACUCUGCCAUGUGCCACUUUCAGGUCUCCUCACACUGCUGGUGUGUUUGAAUUUUUUGACAUAGGGUGCUGGCAGAUUACGGGCCUCCCAUAGCUGCUGCCAGGCCCCUAAUCUGCCAUGGGCCCCUAUAUACCGCCUCCUCAUGCUGCUGCCCAAGUCCAGAGUCUCUCAUGGGUCCCUGUACGGCCUCCCAUUGCUGCUGUCUCCAUCGCCACACUCUGCCAUGUGCCACUUUCAGGUCUCCUCACACACUGCUGUCUGUGUUUCAAUUUUUUGAC